UCGCUUUUACGCACAGACCGGACAGUCCGCUUUCCACGCACGGAUAACAGGAGCGGGAGCGUUACUGUGGAUAGAGAGAGAGAGAGAGAGAGAGAGAGAGAGAGAGGAGGAACAUUAGGAAGAAGGAGAAAGUGAGAGGACAACAGGCAGAAACAGACGCGAGGAAGUGUUUUCCCAACUGGAAAGAGCCAGAAAAAGAAGAAAAGUGAGUGUGUGUGAAAGGGAGAGACAGAAGGAGAGAGAGUGAGAGAGUGAGUGUGCGUGCGCCUUCGCCUCUCUCCACUUCUUCACCUCCUCCUCCUCCUCCUCUUCCUCCAUGUCGCUCCCCGGCUCCCCUCCGCUCCUCUCGCCGGGCUCGGGCGCCCCAACUUCGGCCGCGCUCUACCGCUCGGCCCCGGACGCGCUCCACACCUCCGUCGCCUCCACCGGCACCUCCAGCCCGGCGCACACCAACUCCCACUCUCACCCCCACUCGCUGUCCCCGCGGCUCACCAGCAGCAUGCUCAGCGCUUUCCUGCCCGGUUUGGGCAACGGCGGCUCCGCCCCGCUGGUGUCCGGCGGCGGCGGCGCUCUGGGACCUCUCGGCGGGCUCGGCUCGCUGAGCACCGCCGGCCUGACCCCCGGUUCCCCCGGCUUAGCGCAGACCUCCUCCAGCCCGGGUCUUUGCAGCGAGUGCAAGCUGGUGGAGGUGCACGGCGUGAAGGUGGCCAGCUUCAGCGUGGACGGCCAGGAGCUCAUCUGCCUGCCGCAGGUGUUCGACCUCUUCCUGAAGCACCUGGUGGGCGGGCUGCACACCGUCUACACCAAGCUGAAGAGGCUGGACAUCUCGCCGGUGGUGUGCACCGUGGAGCAGGUGCGCGUCCUGCGGGGGCUCGGCGCCAUCCAGCCCGGCGUGAACCGCUGCAAGCUCAUCUCCAGGAAGGACUUCGAGACGCUGUACCAGGACUGCACCAGCGCCAGCUCUCGUCCGGGCCGUCCUCCGAAGCGUUGUUCUGGUGCAGGGAUCCAGGAAAGCCCCAGGCUGCUGCACCCGGGCCUCCCCGGCCUGCUGUCCCCCAACCUGCUGUCUCACACCGGUCUGACAGCAGCAGCCAUGGCCGAGCUCCAGAAGCUGCAGAAGAUGAAGAUGAUGAUGAGUCUCCAGAACGGCAACGAGUCGGACAACGACGACUUACACUCCCACACAGGAGGGAGUGAGUGUUCUUGGGAUAAGGAGCGUCUGACCAGCCCUCCUGCUGGAUCCCACGGCGUAGGACCAGGAGGAGGAGGACCAGUAGGAGGAGCUGGAGGAGGAGGUGGUGCAGCAGGGGGUGGGAGGGGGCCAACCAUCGGCGCUGUCAAUCAACAGCAACUCCAGCAGCAACAACAGCUACUGGCUAACAGGUUGGACCUGCCCUUCAUGAUGAUGCCCCACCCUCUGCUGCCCAUGGGGCUGCCGCCUGCCUCUGUAGCCAUGGCGAUGUCACAGAUGAACCACCUCAACACCAUCGCCAACAUGGCCGCAGCAGCCCAGCAGAUACACACUCACGUACACCGCGCGCCUGUUAUCAAGGAAAGAGUGUGCGACAGUCCCUCUCUCUCUCCAUCUGUUGACGAGGCCAACACUCCUCUGCAGUCGCAGCCCAGCAGCUCGGCCUCCAGCUCGCCUGAAAGACUGGGAUUGGUGUCAGCUGAUGCAGAUGUUGCACUGCCCAACCCUGCUGCACCCAUCAAGAAAAUAACAAAGGACAAAGAAGAGUCUUCGCUGGGACAAGCCCUGCCCCCUGGCUUUCCUGCUCCGUUUCUAUUCGCCGACGGCCUGUCGUCAGUGGAGACCCUGCUCACCAACAUACAGGGCCUGUUGAAGGUGGCGGUGGAGAACGCCCGGGUGCAGGACAAACAGAUCCAGGCGGAGAAAAGAGAGCUGAAGAUGGAGCUCUACCGAGAAAGAGAGAUGAGAGAGAGUCUGGAACGACAGCUCACCUCUGAACUACAGAGCAGAGCCUCCAUCCAGAAGCGUCUGAAGAAGGAGAAGAAGGCCAAGAGGAAGCUGCAGGAGGCGCUGGAGUUUGAGUCGAAGAGGAGGGAGAGAGUGGAGGACGCUCUGAAACACUCGUCCUCGUCUUCCCCCUCUCCUGAGCCGCUGCACGCCGCCAACAACAACACCAAGAACGACGCUGCUGUAGCCGAGGAUAAACCUGAACUUAAUGGAAACCAGCAAGACAACGGCGCUGUACAAGAAUCCCGGGCGUUUCUGAAGAACCCCAUGAUGUUCUAAGAAGGAAGGACUCCGCCUCCAGAACCCCCCCCCUCUCCCUUCCCACCUUUCCUCCUCUGGAACUCCACCAGCCCGUUUCCACAGCAACCACGGCUUGGAUCACCACGGCAACAACCUCCCCAGGCGGGAUUCUAUCUUUGCUACACGCAAACUUUUUUUGACGUUAAAACAAUGAGACUACUACGACACACACACACACACACACACACACACACACACACACACACACACACACCCCCCCAUGAUUUGGACUCACUGGGGUCGUCUCUUUAUUCUCUUUCUUCUUUUUAGACAAACUUUCACUCCAUUCAUUCCUCUUUUUCUCUCCCUGCACCGGGACGUCUCCCAUCCCUCGUUUGUUUUCGAAAAAACUGAUUAAAAAAGUAAAAAAUCAUUCCCCGAGGAAAGAAAAAGGAAAAAGUCACCACGAAGCAAACCGGACUGACAUCAACGCGCUCGCAUCUCGAAACGACUUGGUUGGACAUCAUGUGGGUUCAAUUUGGGACAUUUAAAAGACUUGAAGACUUUAUAAAAAUGGUCCCAAUGUGACCCACAGGACAAGAAUGGUUUGAUGAACAGACUCAACGUUGUUAUUAACGUUCCCUAAAAAAAAAAUAAUAAUAAUAAUAAUAAUAACAGAAAAAAGUUUCGAACCCCCUCUGGGUUUGAUCGAACCUCGGUCAACCUCAUUGGCUGGCUGUCAACCCCCUCUGAUUGGACGGUAAUCAGCUGAUCGGAGGAGCUCAGGACUGGAGGAAGAGGGGUUAUAAUAAAAGAAUAAAAAAGAAGAAGUGGAGUAAAAAAUAUUGGGAAGGAGAAACAACUCGGGGGGGGCUAUUUCGGUCUCUCGUGUUUCAUUCACUUUUGUUUUCCGUACAGGGACUGAAAAAAAUGCAUGGGAAAACUUUUAUGUUGUCAUUUGGUUUAUUUUAUCCUCCGUACACUCCUUACCUCCAAGUCUCUCUCUCUCUUCUUCUUCCCCCCUUUUAUACUCUUUUCUUCCUCUUUUUUGGCUCCAUUUCUCUCUUUUCUAUGAAUUAUCACCUCUUCCUCUUAUAUCUUCUCACUUUUUUUGCUCGACUCCUCCCCCUUUUUCCUUGCUUCUCCUAUACCUCCUUUAUUUCCUGUUUCUUUCUCUCUCUCUCUCUCUCUCUCUCUCUCUUUCUCUCUGUAAGGAGGCAUUACUCUGAAAAUGUUGGAUGCAGCUUUUCAAUGUAUGAAGUAUUUUCUAUCACCCUUAACCUGUGAAAUCAGUUUCUCAAAUGAUGCAAAAGUUAAAAAAAAAAAAACAACAAAACCCUUUUUUUAUUACAAUGGAGUGAUUUUUAGACACGAUAUUAUAUCCUAAAAAAAAAAAAAAAAAAAAGGUACGUUAAAUUCUCUUCCUCAUCUUUGGACCUUUUUGACCUUUUGACCCUUGUUUCCCCCGUGACCAGAAAGUAGUAGUCAAGUUUCAGGUGUGUGUCAAAUUUUAAAGAGGAGGAGCGCUUGAUUUGUCUGUUUUUAAACACAAUAACUUACUUAAAUUCAUUUUUUUUUUUUUUUUUUUAUAUUUUGGUUGGAUUUGAAAACUUAUUCCAGAUUAUCUGCCUUGAAGUGACAAACAGGUACUUCAGGCGUGUAAAUCAAGCGCUCCUCAGCUACAUCAAACACAAGAAACUUUUUAUUCCCCUGAUUUUCUGACCUAUAAAGAGUGCAGACUGUUGUGUUGCAGUUUUGUUUAUUCCA